AUGGCAGACAUCAUGAAUCUCUUCUUGCCCAACCUUGGCUUCGGUUGGUCUCCUACCGCCUGGAUGUACCUGUUCAUCGCCCUUUGGCUGCAUCGUUACACCCGCCUCCUUGUCAACUGCGUCAGCCACUGGGUCUACAAGUCCAAGCCGAUUCCCGCCAACCCUACCUUCACAGCUGACGAUGUUACCGUCAUCAUCCCCACCAUUCACAAUGUCUUCGAGGAGCUUCGCCCUUCUCUGCUCAGCAUCAUCGCCUGCAACCCUCGCGUUCUGAUGCUCGUUACUACCAGCGAGAAGCAUGCCUCUCUUGAGAAGCUUGCUCGCAGCCUUCCUCACCCUAAUGUGCAGGUCUACUCUACCCCCAUUGCCAACAAGCGUCUUCAGGUCUGCGAGGCUCUGCCCAAGGUGACUACCAAGCUCACCAUCAUGGCUGACGAUGAUGUCACCUGGCCUUCUACCAUGAUGCCCUGGAUUCUUGCUCCCUUCGAAGACCCCAAGAUUGGCGGUGUCGGCACUUGCCAGAGAGUUAAGCGCGUCUGGGAUGGCCCGCUAUCCACUCGCAUCUUCAACUGGCUCGGCGCUGCCUACAUUGAGAGACGCAACUUCGAGAUCUCGGCCACCCACAACCUCGACGGCGGUACUUCCUGCAUGUCUGGCCGAACUGGUGCCUACCGAUCUGAGAUUCUGUCCAGCCACGACUUUCUUGAGGGCUUCAAGACCGAGAAAUGGGGCAAGUAUAUCCUGAACGCCGACGACGACAACUUUGUCACUCGCUGGCUCGUCAGCCACCAGUGGAAGACUUGGAUCCAGUACGAGAAGGAGUGUGAGCUCGAGACCACUCUGGAGAACAGUACCAAGUUCCUCUACCAGUGCUCCCGCUGGGCUCGCAGCAAUUGGCGUAGCAACUGGACCAGUCUUGUCCGCGAGAGAUACGUUCUCACUCAGCAGCCCUGGUGCACUUAUGCUCUCCAUAUUGCAACCUUCACUUCCUUGGCGUUCCUCUUCGACCCCCUCAUCAUCUUUGCUUUGUGGAAGGGUACUGCCGACUGGGACGCUGAGUACCGCCACCAGGCCCUCUGGGCUCAGAUCAUCUUCGUGUUCGGCUUCACCAAGGUCGUCAAGCUCGUGAACCUAUUCCGUCGCAACCCUAGCGAUAUUCUCUUCCUGCCCGUCUCUAUCCUCUUUGGAUGGGCCCAUGGAAUCAUCAAGCUUUACGCCUUGUCUACCCUCAAGAUGACCUCCUGGGGCAGCAGAGCCGAUGGUGAUACCAACGAUGACAUCCGUCUGACUCCUCGUCCCAAGCGAGCCAUGAGUCUGACCACGCCCCCUGGUGGCCAGGACCUCGUUCGCUACCGCUUCGAGCGCCAGAUGACCGAGAAGGUCUCCGACUGGCACCGCCCUGCUAACGAGGCGCGCCGACCCCAGACCGUGCGCAUGAACACCUUCCCCGCGAAGGAUAUCAAGGCGCCUCACGUCACCUUCUCCCUCCUGGAGCACCCCACGGACUAG